AUGACACAUGACAUAUCCGGGCAUUGUGACGUUAGUUAUCAAGUAAAAGGGUCUUUUAUACGAAAAACGAAGAGAAAUUGUGUUUCCCCACUCUUUGAUAGUUCUCUUUCCCAAACAUAUGGGGUCCGAUCUUCCACUCUUCAACAUUUAAUAACUGUUGGCUAUGAAACAAAGAAAGAAAAAAGCACUUUGAUCACAAAGUGUACUGCCACGGAUUAUUUAAAAACAUUCAGCAACAUCUGGAAGAAACCAUCCCUCUGCUUGAUAACCAAGUCGGUGUUACAACUUGAAGAAUCAACUCAAAAUAGCGCAUCAUUUUCCCGGAAGAGUGUUGAGGAAGUCUUAGAACAAUUAAAGAGUGAAUAUAAACUGGAGGAAACAGACAUCGACGCCACCUCUUCGUCCGGGGAAGAAAAGUCGCCGCGUAAGGUGAGAAUAAGUUUCAACUCAAUUCUUAAUGAUCCAAAAACAAGAUUUGCUUGA